CGAUCGCCGAGUUAUGUGGUUCCAAAAAGUUGAAGUUGUUUUGAAGAGGCUUUGGCUAGAAGAGCAGCAAAUUACCUACAAGAGAUCCUCACAUAGGUAUAAGCGGUUGGAUUUUGCACGAUCGAUAUCGCAAUAUCACUACUUUAUGACAUUACUCCUUGAACAUGGCGGAGACGAAGAUAUUUAGGCCAACACUUGUCGAUUAGACAGAUAGUACCUAGCAACAGACCUCAUUUGAAGCC